AGGAACCCUCUGCAUCAGCUUCAACAACUUUUUUUAAGUUCCCGCACUCGCUACUUCUACCUUAGCAUUUUCAGGCUCACGUCCACUAGAACAAGUUGGCGUUGUUUCUUACUCAAGUGCUCGGCAAGAACCUCUUUGGGCCGUCUGCAUCCAUCAAGCCCUUUCCCAAGAUGCGACUGCCUUAAUAGACGAUAUCGUCUCAUUUGAUUUUCAAUCUCAAUAUAUUUCCAUCACCGUACUCUAAUAGAACACCAUGGAGGUACGACAACGACCCAGACCGACUGGACAGCAAUGGUUCGAGACCAACGACCUCGCACGUUACCUAGAGGCCUUUGGCGACGAUCCGCCUCCGUUGCCAGAGACAAUGCGAGUCUUGGACGUCAUAGCAGUUGACUACAUAAUAGAAACGUGCUACGAAGCAGAAGCGCAUGCGCGCUACGCUGGUCGCCAGAAAGUCAAGGUGGAUGACUUUCAGUUCGCGCUUCGCAAUGAUACAAAAAAACUGGGUCGUGUACAGGAGAUGCUGGAGAAGGAGAAAGGGCUAAAACUCGCUCGUAAAGCAUUCGAUUUGCCUGAAGGUGCUGUGCAAAAAAAUAUAGGAGAGGACGGCGAGGUCAAAACGAAGGGGAAAAGAGGGCGCAAGAAAAGAGUAAGCGGAGAAGAUGCUGACGCUUUGGAAGACAGCCCUCAAAAGGGUAAAAAGAGGAGGAAAAGUGGUGCUGAAAAUGCAUUUGCCACGGAAGGCAUUGGAGAGGAUGAUGUGGAUCUUGAGGAUGAAAAUGACGAAUGAUACCUGUCAAGGUGUGUGAUGGUACUCUUCGUUCAAUCUCUUCAUGAGGAGUGCUUGAUACAGAAUCGGCAUUCUUCUGAACGACUUGAGCACGUCUAGAACGACUCAAUAGAUUGCUGCAAAUGCACCUGCUUCGCAUGAUGGAAACAGAUCAAUAAGUCUGUUUUGACUCUCGUGCGAUCUCAGACUAGCUUCUGUACUCGUAGUUCUACUUCGCAGCACGUAUCGAGACAAUAGCCAAGAUACAGAAACAUGAAAUAGUGCACCAAGGUCAGAAUAAUGGCAAGCCAAUCAGGCCUAAUGUUAAGCCCGGUGAUUCUAAG